AUGGCGACCGCAACAGGUACAGGAUGGGCUCAGUUGCGACAACAGGCUCGUUCCCUUGAGACUCAGUCAGAGACCUUAUUCCACACCUAUGCACAAUAUGCCUCCCUAUCACAGCUGCCCAUGACCCCUUCAGAAGACGAAGUGAAAGCCGAAUCCCAAAUACACGAAAUCUUAGAACGGAGAGAAGCCAUAAUAUCCCAACUCGCUCGUCUCCUCGAUUCCGAAUCAGCUCUUACCUCCUCCGCUCUGAAACAAAACAACCUCUCUCGCCACCGCGAGAUCCUCCGUGACCACCGCCGUGAACUCAAACGCCUCAACUCCGCCAUCGCUGAAACCCGCGACCGCGCCAACCUGCUCUCCAACGUCCGCUCAGAUAUCAACGCCUAUCGCUCUUCCGCAUCCUCGAACCAGGAUAACAACAAUGUGGAGGCAGAGUACAUGCUAGAGGAACGAGGCCAUCUCGAAAACAGUCAUAAUAUGAUGGAUAGCGUUCUUAGCCAGGCAUACGCUGUUAAUGAGAAUUUUGGCCUUCAGCGGGAGUCGCUGGCGAGGAUCAAUCGGCGGAUUGUUGGGGCUGCGAGAGGAGAGAUGGGAUCAUCCUCGGUGUAUUUAUUGGCCUUUGUUUCUUGA